GGACCAGCCGUCCAUUCCUACGUGCACUGUUCAGUCGGAUCACCGCCCUUCUGCAGCGCCUCCAUAGCGACGCUCCCCGACGCAAAGCCCGCCCCCUGCACGCGCUGACACACCAUUUCCGCGCUCGCUUCCCACGGAGCAAGAUGGCAGAGGAGCCGGAAUCAGUGCUGCAGCUCUCUCCUGCAACGGCUGCUGAAGGCGAAGGACCUACCGAGGUCUCUCCAGAAACAGCCACUCCGGAGCCCCCUUCUUCUGCUGCAGUCUCCCCGGGAACAGAGGAACCGGCCGGCGACACCAAGAAAAAAAUUGACAUCCUGCUGAAGGCUGUGGGAGACACCCCUAUCAUGAAAACCAAAAAGUGGGCUGUAGAGCGAACCCGAACUAUCCAAGGACUCAUUGACUUCAUCAAAAAAUUCCUUAAACUUGUGGCCUCGGAACAAUUGUUUAUUUAUGUAAAUCAGUCCUUUGCUCCCUCUCCAGAUCAGGAAGUGGGAACCCUCUAUGAGUGCUUUGGCAGUGAUGGUAAGCUCGUCCUCCAUUACUGCAAAUCACAGGCAUGGGGCUGAACUACAAAGAAAAAGAUCUUGCUAACUUAAAAUGAAUCUUCACAAAAGAAAACAGCUCUGAAAGUUUUGUUACUUCUGACAAGUCUUAUGGAUAUGAUCUACUCAGCAUGUAUCUCCUAUGACCCCUAUUUAUUCAUAAGAAAAAAGUGCAUAGAGUGGAUGAACUCACAAAAUGUGAUUCUGUAUUAAUACACAAAUCAUCAUAAAAUACUGGCCUUCCUGUAUGCCCAUUCUUACAGCUAUUGCUUUAGGUGAGUCACCGAAGUAUUGAAAAGACAGGACGGUUAUAAAGCUUCCAGCAGAGAGCAGCCCAGCUGGCAGACAGCAUUAAGCUAUUUGGUAUUAAUGUUUUGCCAGAUGAUAAUGAAGGGGAAAAGCUGCCAUGCUAAUUUCUAGCAAAUAUCUAUCCAAAAGAGCAGGCUUGUUGACACAUUAGAAGCUGCUUUAGAAAAUAUGCAUGGUUUCGAUUUAUUUUAUUGGAAAUCAAGGAAUUUUACAAAUUCUGGACAAGUGUCUUACAGCUCUUUUUAAAAAGAGCUGUAAAUCAUUUACCGAUUCUUGAGAACCGGUGGUUAUAACUGUGGUAUUGUCUGUUGUUUUUUACAGUGUCAAAAGUACUUGAUUAAUAAGCCUGAUAGUAUCUUUGAGUUUUUUUAUAUUGCACUUUCCAAGUUGAAAACAUGAACAUAAUAAUUGAAAGAUAGCUUUAGAUUUUAUUUUAUGCAUAUUUCAUGCCAGGACUAAAAGAGUGCCUUUUUUUUCUUUGGGGAUGAUAAAUUUGUGUGAUUUUCUUUCAUUUCAGUAAAUGUAAUGCUCUAGUGUUAUCAAUAAAAGUACUAUUUUUUUUGGUUCUUUAUUA